CCCAGGGCACCAUAGAUAGCUCUGGCGGAUGCGGCGCCGCUGAUCAGAACCGGGUGAUGUGGGCCCAGCAGGCCUUUACCACUCUGGCCUCGCCCAUCUACCAGAACAAGCUGGUGAGGCGGCUGAUGGCGGGCAAGGGCGUAUCGAGCUCCUACCCAGACUCGUCCAGCGUCGCCGAGCCAGUGCCUUCCCGAACGAGAAUGGCCAGCCCGACCCCGGCUGCAUCGGCCCGCUUCGGUAGCGAGGUGCCGCCAAUGCCCACAUCGCUACAGGAGUCUCUGCGCAGGCUCGCGGCUGUCACUGGUGGUGGUCGCUCGUCGCGGCGCUCGCAGUCGCAUCACCGACGGGGGGCCCCGCAGGCCACGUGCAGCGACGAAGCGUCUUCAUUUCGCUCGUUCCCGGUGCCCGGGACCCGCUCCGAGAGGUCGCGGCGCUAUGCGGCUGACGACGACGACGAGGACGACGAUGAUAGGCGGUCGCCUAUGACGAGGCUGCGCAGCCGCAGCAGCUCUCGUUACUCUGCGACUGCGCGAGAACCUAGGACGCGCAGCGGGUCAAGCGACGCGCUGCCGUCGCCGCACCGCAAAGUAUUUUUUGCAGACUAUAAGAAAUAGAAAGAAAAUAUACGUCUAUG